CUGGCCGCCUGGGCGCCAUGGCUACCACCACCGAAGCUCUCGCUCUGACACAGGAGAAGGACACGGCUCCAGCAGUAGAGGUGACACAAGCACCAACAGAGAAGAAGGAAGAGAAGAAGGCGGAAAAGAAAGCGGACAAGAAGGCAGAAACGAAGACUGAGAAGAAGCCAGAGAAGAAAGAGGAUAAGAAGCCGGAAGAGAAGGCAGAGAAGAAAGAGGAGAAGAAAGAGAAGAAGGAAGACAAGAAGCCGGAAAAGAAGAUUGAGAAGGUAGAGAGUAAGACUGAAAAGAAGCAGGUAGAGAAGGCGGAGAAGAAGACUGAAAAGAAAGCAGAGAAAAAGACCGAAAAGAAGCCGGAAGAGAAGGCAGAGGAGAAGAAGGAAAAGAAGCAAGAGGAGGAGGAGAAGACAGAGAAAAAGAAAGGAGCAAAGCGGCCCAGGGAGGCGGCGGCGCCGGUGGAGCGGUCGAGGCCGACCAGAGAACGGAAAGAAGUGCAGCGGCUGACAGUUGGGGAGCCCAAGCAGGAGAUUGAAAUCGUCAUCAAGAAGGGCAAGGGUAAACCUCUGAAGGACAUCCCAAAUGUUGCUUUCAAGCUGUCCAAGCUGACAAGGUCUGACGAGAUCCUGAGCCAAGCUCACAUGAUCAUGUUCAAGCGGAGAGGAAAGGCAACUGAGCUGAAGAAGCACAUCCAGGAGUUUUCAGGCUUCGUGUUUGAGGACGACAAAGAGCGGACGGCCGCCAAGGAGAGGGUACAGCGGCUAACCAAGGAAGGCCUGAACCAGUUGCUCGACUUUCUGGACCUGCCAACGAAGGGCACAAAGGAGGAGCAAGUGACGCGCGCGUUUGAGUUCCUAGAAAAGCCGCACAAGGCCUCGGACAAGGACCUGGCAGCGGCCGACGAGAAGAAGAGGGCGGAGAAGAAGCGGAAGGCUGAGAAGGCAAGGUUGAAGCGUGAGAAAGAGGAGGCGAAGAAGGCAAAGAAGAAGGCGUCCAAGGGCAAGAAGAAGUCGAAGGACGAGUCGGAGGAGUCUGACGCCGAAGAGGAGUCAGAUGACGAGGCCGACGAGGAAGAGGACGAUGACGAAUCGGAAGAAGAGGUCGAAGAGCCCCCAAAGAAGAAGUCAAAGAAGGAAGUGAAGAAAGUUUCCAAGAAAACGGAAAAGAAGGAGAAGGAAGAGAAGAAGUCGAAAAAGAAGGAGAAGGAAAAGGAGGAGAAGCGGAAGAAGAAGGAGAAGAAGAAGGCGAAGGAGAAGAAGAAGAAGGUGGAGACGAAGGAGAAGAAGAAGAAGGUGGAGGUAGAAGAGUCCGAAUCCGAGGAAGAGGAAGAGGCGGCGAGUGCGUCCGAGGAGGAGGAGUCGGACGAGGAGCCGCCCAAGAAGAAGUCGAAAACGUCUAGAAAGUCGAAGAAGGCCAAGAAGAAGGAAGAGGAGGAAGAAGAUGAGGAAGAAGAAGAAGAUGAAGACGAAGAGAAGGAAGAAGAGGAGGACGAAGGAAAGAAUGAAGAAAACGAUGACGAGGAUAAGGAUGAUGAGGACGAGGAAAUGAAAGACGCUCAGGAAGAGGGGGACGAGAAAGAAGAUGGAGACGAGAAAGAAGAGGAGGGGAAAGACGCCGACGAAGAAGGCGCCGAGGAAAAAGAAGACGAGGCCGAAGAGGAAACUGCAAAAGAGGAUGACAAGGCUGAGGCCGACGCUGCGGACGAGUAG